ACCAGAUGCGUGAAGUUCACGCAAAAUAUAUUAUGCACAACUCCGCAGCCAUGGAGAUGACAGAUUUAACGCCGCUGGGAGACCAGCUGGAAGGCGAUAUUGAUGAACUGGAGGAAGUUUUAGAGCCGCUCUUGAGCCAGACCUUGUCCACAGCGACCCAGAAAAUGACAGUCAUGGACAAGGCGAAGCUGCAUGUACUCAUCACAUAUACGAUUGAAUCCCUUCUUUUUUCGUAUUUACGUCUACAGGGCGUAAAUGCAAAGGAACACUCUGUUUUUAAAGAAUUGACCCGAGUGAAACAGUACUUUGCAAAGAUAAAGAAUCUAGAAACAGUGCCAGAGAAGCCGACUAUGACGCUUGAUAAGCAAGCAGCGGCGAGAUUCAUAAAACACGGCCUCGCCGGGAACGAUAAAAUUGACUUAGAGAGAGCCGAAAGAGAGGCCAAAGAACGAGCUAUGGCUCAGCUAAGGGCGGCGCAACUCGCUAGAAAGCAAGGGGAGACAGUUACGGCCGCUACUCCUGCUAAUUCUCUUCCCCAGAAGCGUCCUGCAGAGGACGAGGAAGAAUCGGAAAAUGAUGAUGGCGACACAGGAAAUGAGUAUGAGGCGAGCAGCAACACCGGGGAAGGAGAUCAUGAAGUGACUGCCCAUCCCAACAAAGAACCCGGGAAAAAGCGAAACCGGGCCAGUAAACGAACAAGGGAAAGGAGACGAGGACAGGGGCGCUCUGAUGUGGCAGAUGUUGAGAAGCGCUCACUUAAUAAGGAAAAGACUAGGCGAGAGAAAAAGCGCAUGAAAAGGCCGAGAAAGCAAAAAAAAAAUAAACCGCAAGAUUAGCAGUCAGCCUCUAGCCUGACAAGGAUGUAUAGCACGUCCGGCUUUCACUUG